AGAGAGAGACAGAGAGAGAGAGAGACAGCUGAGGAGGAGCAGACAGACGGAGGGACGACACACACCGCCGAAAUGGGAGUCGAGAUCGAGACUAUCACCCCGGGCGACGGAAGGACUUUCCCCAAAAAAGGACAGACGUGCGUGGUGCAUUAUGUUGGUUCCCUGACGGACGGGCGCAAGUUUGACUCAUCCCGCGACAGGGACAAGCCCUUCAGGUUCAAGAUCGGCAAGCAGGAAGUGAUCCGAGGCUGGGAAGAGGGUGUGGUGCAGAUGAGUGUCGGUCAAAGGGCCCAGCUGACCUGCACACCUGACUUUGCUUACGGAAACAAAGGCCACCCGGGCAUCAUUCCUCCCAACGCCACCCUCAUCUUUGACGUUGAGCUGCUGGGUUUGGAAUGAAACAAAUUCACGUCCUGAUUUUUUUUUUUUUUUAAGUUCUGUGUGACUUCCUACCUGGGUGACCCGGAGAGAAGCUAGGAGAGUCUGCACUUGAUUCUAUACGAGGCUCGAGUCUAUUGUUCCACUACUUAUUUCAUCAAACUGACAGACAGUUUGUGUUAUUUUGUCCCUGUCACUGAGUGAAUUCUAUUUUCCAUCAUAUCCUUCCUCCCUAAGAACCAUGGGCCAUGACCUCACGAACCUCCAUGUCUUGAAUUCUUUGGAAUUUUGCGCUUUACUUUUCUUUCUGUUUUUUUCCAAGUGUUGGUCUUGCAUGGUUACGCUGAGAAGUACAAAAAUACCAAUGAACCACUAGCGGCGACAUUCAUCUCUCACGAGUUGACGCUAGUAUAAUACUAGCUAGUAUAAUAGUGUUUUCGAGAGCUGGCGCUUUGUCGUAUUACAGGAACGGAAAAAAAGUGUACAAAUAUAAAACGAAAAGCACACAUUUGUAUCCCUAUCAAGCUGAUAAUCAGAACAAAUGGAAAAAGUUUGUGUUAGAGAGAGACGAGGCUUAGUUUUGAGUUUAGUUGCUGCCUGUAGUGAAGUGUCAAGUCAUGGGAGGCCUUGAUGGUGCAACACAUGUUUACUAUAUGUUUACUACAUGAAAAAGCCAUUUGAAGUGUGAGCUAGAGAGGCGUAACUGGCGCAAAUGCGAACCAAUCGUGUUUGUAGAUAGUUCUGUGUGCCUACAUCUUCUGAUCAGACACACGGUUACGACUAACUUGCCCUGUCUGCAUGUUCAAGGCGCCGACGGAAACGCUAGUAGUACGUAAAAGCUUUGCAUUCGAUCUUUGCGUUGUUAUUGCCUUCUUAUCUCGCCAUGUCUUUAAACCCCAUUUAAAGCCAUACAAAGGUCAACCAGUGCAAGGACAGGAUUUGCAUUGAUCCACAUCAAUUGGAGUAAUUCUUUUUUUUCUUAGUAAAAUUAAAUAAAUAAAAGGGGAAAUGCUUGAAAUUCACAAAAGGGUGUUUAGGAAUCAAUCAAAUUGUUACCUCCCUUGUUAUUUUGUGUAACAACUUCAAUCAUGUAUUUUUCAAAUGCCAACUUUCUAUCUCUGAGAAUCAACAAAGCUAAUGUAUAACAUAUGAUGAUAGAUGUUGUUUUUCUUAAGUUGUUUUUUGUCCCCAGUGUCAGUGAAGUACCGCUCUGCCUGACUGAAGUCUACAGUGUGUUAGACAAAGAAGCUGACACCAGGGCAUCCUAGUGGUUUUGUAUCUCAAAUAAAUAGUUUUAAAUGGAGUUUAAUGAAGGAAUAUUCUGGCCUGGCUGUCAGAUAUUGACUGUGGUUGUCGAUUUUAAAUAUUGGCCAAGCUGCAAGUGGUGAAGGCAGCAGUCCACCUCUGUACUGUGUAGUUAUUCGCUGAUACGUUACUGUAUGCAGACUAAACCAAUGAUGACAUAUUUAAAAUAAAUAAGUGC